CCGCCCUCUCACCCAGUGCGUUUCCGCAGAGUUCCGUUUGAUCAAGAAUGCGAUUUUUCUACGCCUUAGCAGCGGUAGCCGUCUUCUUCAUCGACAGUGAGGUUUCACCGGUUGCGGCAGAAACAAGUCUGAUCAAGUUGAAACCACUCAAAGGAGCUCAGGUUGUAGCAACACCCAACACGAACAAGCGUUUCCUACGUCAAUACGCUGAAUUUGAAGAUGAGGACAGCGAGGAACGAAUCAAGACGGGUACUGUAGUCCUUGACACCACGAAGAAGAUCGACGACUUUUUUGGUAUCGAGACUAUCAACAAAGUUCUCGAUCCAAAGCAGAUCGACGAAGUGCUGAAAGGAAAGAAGCUUUUUGGGUGGUUGGAUACGAAGACAUUUGACGAUGCCCUUAACGGGGACCUGAUGCAGAAGAGAGAGAUAUUCGCGUUUUGGCGUGCGAAUAGAUUGAAUCCGCGAACAUUAACCAAUUUCAUGAAUCUUCAUCCCGCUCUAUAAAAAAGUACAGAUUUGUCUACGAGGCUUAUGAGGGCUACAUCAAGAUGGUAGCAGCGAAAAAACUGUCUGGCAUGAAGAGGGCAAGAGAAACGAAUUAGAUACAGGGGUGUACCCCUUGUAUGGACUACUGUGCGCUGCAUCAGCAAAACUCACCCACUGAGAAGCGUGUUGGACUUUUGUGUUGUUCGCUAAGUGGAGUAACUUUUACGGAUUAGUGUUUCACUUUGAUCGGACGCCAUCGAUUUACACGAAGCCUGGCAGCAAGUCUGUACGCUGGAUAGCCAAUAUCAAGCAGCACCCAUGCAUUUAUCUUAAGAGUGAAGUGGCUAGAUGUAACUGAGGAAGAAAGCGAAUUUGUGGUUGCAAAGCAAUACAAGUUACGUUACUCAU